UACACGUGGUAUUUUGGUAUGAAGGACGCAGAAGCUUCACAUAACUGGCUCGAAUAGUCCUUCUAUAACAGGGAAAACAGUUUACACAACGACAAUCAGAGGAAGCAUGAGAAACAUGCAGUGAUAUCGUUUUCACACAAGUUAUCGUAUGAUUGAAGAAUGCAUAUUGCCGAUUUCGCGGCAGGAUCCAUAGGAGGGGCAUGUGGUGUUGCUGUGGGAUAUCCGCUUGAUACAGUAAAGGUGAGGAUACAAACUCAGAAGCAGUUCACUGGAAUUUGGCAUUGCUUCAUAACAACGUUAUCUAAAGAAGGGGUCCAUGGCUUCUUCAAGGGGAUGUCCCUACCUGUUACCACGGUUUCCAUGACUUCCUCUGUGGUGUUUGGGAUGUACAGGAACUGCCGUCAGUGUCUCAGUCAGCUGAGGGGAGGACCAGGAACCCCAAACACCAAACCAGAAAUCUUCCUCUCCGGCCUGGCCGGGGGUGUGGCUACGGUGACAGUGAUGUCACCAGGCGACAUAGUGAAAGUCAGGCUGCAGUGUCAGACAGAGUCCAUGCGAGCCAGAAAAGGGGCCAACUUGCCCAAACCCAAGUACCGCGGCCCCGUCCACUGUCUCCUGACCAUCGUCAGAGAGGAGGGGGUACUGGGGCUCUACAGGGGAGCUCUGCCUCUCAUGCUGAGAGACGGACCGUCCUACGCCACCUACUUCCUGACUUACAGCACACUCUGUGAGUGGUUCACCCCACCUGGAAAGAAGGGACCAGAGUGGACAGGGGUGAUGCUGGCUGGCGGGGUGGCUGGUAUGACCGGCUGGACAGUGGGUACGCCCAUGGACGUGAUUAAGGCUCGCCUCCAGAUGGACGGAGCCAGGGAUAUCAAGAGAUACAAGGGCUUUGUCCACUGCAUCACAGAGACAGUCAGGAUGGAGGGGUCAGGGGUGUUUUUUAGGAGCUUGGGUAUCAACUGUCUACGUGCCUUCCCUGUCAACAUGGUGGUGUUCGCUACCUAUGAACUCCUGGUCGGCUUCCUCAGAACACAGCCUGAUGCUAUAGAACCCCCCAAACUAGAGUUUGAGUAGACACUGAGUGAUUAACUGAAAUGUUGGUUAUUUUUGUUUUUUUAAACAACUAAUUGACCAAUUAGUUCAAUUAUUUUAAUUCCAUUUCAUUCGUUUUUUUCUGUUAGCUCAAUGCGCACAUCGCACAGUUUCUCUAGAGAUAAAUCCGAUCCCGCCUGAACUGUGCAUUGUACAGUAGUAGGGAGUUGAAAUGUCCAAUAGGUUAGAGCAUAAAACGCUGUAAUUAACUACAAUGACCUAAAUCCAUUGCGCAGAUGACUUGGAAUUAAAUAACAAAUUAAUCAAAUAAAACAAAUGUAAUAUAUACAACAACUGAAAUAUUUUAUUAAAGUAAUGUGAAUAAAUUAUGGUUAAUAAGUGAUAAGCAGUAAUGGGAAGUCACUACCAUCAUGGGACUUUUAUUAAUUGUUUUAUUCAGUUACAGUAUUCAACCCACAGUGCAUUUAAUGUUUAAAAAAAUAAUCAAAAUUGAAAACUGUAAUUAUUUUGUAAUAAUCUAACGGAAACCGAACCGACCUCAAAAAGCAUAAAUCACUCGGCACUAGACACUGACCUUGUUAGACAAAUGUACCUCUCUCUUGAUUGUACUCCUCCUCUCUCUUGAUUGUACUCCUCCUCUCUCUUGAUUGUACUCCUCCUCUCUCUUGAUUGCACUCUCUCACACUCCCGGUUCGUCUCUGACCGUCUGUCUGACCUGUCUGUCUGUGUUUUUUUUUCUCUCUCUCUCUACUCUCUCUUCUCUACUCUGUCUACUCUCUCUUCUCUACUCUGUCUUCUGUCUUCUGUCUUCUCUCUCUCUCUCUCUCUCUCUCUCUCUCUCUCUCUCUCUCUCUCUCUCUCUCUCUCUCUCUCGGGUCAGUAGAGGGGUUAGAUCAGUGGUCAGUCAAUUGUGACCGACUGAUUGAUCCCCAAGGCAUCUCUAGCCAAAUAUUUCUGUAAAAAACCCAACUCUAAAGCAUUGCGUUCCUAUUUUGUUUUUGUAUUCCUCUUGUGCAGUUGGCUGUAGGUGCACCCGAUUCAGCUGCUCUGUGUGCCGGGAAGCCGAAGUGUUCAGAUUUUGAACCGUUUCAUGUGUCUGAAGGGACAAACUCCGUCUUCCCCACGGGCCCCAAGAUCAAAUCAAGUGCACUAUAGGCCUACCGCUGACCAAUCGGAUGGCUCAGAUGACCGUGUCUGCAGUAACGUAGCAGGAAUAAAACAUUUACAUUUACAUUUAAGUCAUUUAGCAGACGCUCUUAUCCAGAGCGACUUACAAAUUGGUGAAUUCACCUUCUGACAUCCAGUGGAACAGCCACUUUACAAUAGUGCAUCUAAAUCAUUUAAGGGGGGGGGGAUAUGUUCAGGAGACUGGUAUAUGUUCCCUCCGUUUCCCCCAUGUCCUUGUCGGGAAUUGUUUAUUUGUAAGUUAUUCAUGCUAUGUGUUACUGGUGCGUUACAGGUUUUGUGCCCAUGUGUUUGUUGUUUUAUUUGCCGUUAGUUUUAUAUUUGAAAAUGCUCCGGCUAUUCACUACGUUCUGCUCUCCUGCGUUUGACUUCCCUGCCACCAGUUACUCACGUCUUACAGCAUCCUCACAUAGGUGUUCCUUUUGUCCAGGUGAGAAGGGCGGUGUGGAGUGCGAUUGAGAUUGCAUCAUCUGUGGAACUGGUGGAGCGGUAUGCGAAUUGGAGUGGGUCUAGGAUGUCCGGAUGCUGUUGAUGUGAGCCAUGACCAGCCUUUCAAAGCACUUCAUGGUUACCGAAAUGAGUGCCAUGGGUCGAUAAUCAUUUAGGCAGGUUACCUUCGCUUCCUUGGGUACAGAGACUAUGGUGGUCUGCUUGAAAUGUGUAGGUAUUACAGACUCAGUCAGGAGAGGUUGGAAAUGUCAGUGAAGACACUUUACAGUUGGUCCGCGCAUGCUUUGAGUACACGUCCUGGUAAUCCGUCUCGCCGGUUUAAAGGUUUUGUUCACAUCGGCUACUGAGAGAGCUGGUGCUCUCAUGCAUGCUUCAGUGUUGCUUGCCUUGAAGCUAGCAUAAAAGGCAUUUAGCUCAUCUGGUAGGCUCGCUUCACUGGGCAGCUCACAUCUGGGUUUCCCUUUGUAGUCCGUAAUAGUUUUCAAGCCCUGCCACAUCUGACGAGUGUGAUUUCAUUUUUUUACACUGUAUUGACGCUUUGCUUGUUUGAUGGUUUGUCUGAGGGCAGAGCGGGAUUUCUUAUAAGCAUCCGGAUUAGUGUCCCGCUCCUUGAAAGUGACAGCUCUUGCCUUUAUCUCGAUGUGGAUGUUGCCUGUAAUCCAUGGCUUCUGGUUGGGAUAUGUAUGUAAGGUCACUGUGGGCAUGACGUCAUCGAUGCACUUAUUGAUGAAGCCGGUGAUUGAGGUGAUGUAUUCCUCAAUGCCAUUGGAUGAAUCCUGGAACAUUUUCCAGUCUAUGCUAGCAAAACCGUCCUGUAGUAUAGCAUCUGCGUUAUCUGACCACUUCCGUAUUGAGUGAGUCACUGGUGCUUCCUGCUUUAGUUUUUGCUUGUAAGCAGGAAUCAGGAGGAUAGAAUUGUGGUCAGAUUCGCCAAGUGGAGGGCGGGGGAGAGCUUUGUAUGCAUCUCUGUGUGUGGAGCUAAGGUGGUCUAGGAUUUCUGUUCCUCUGGAUGCACAUGUGACAUGCUGGUAAAAAAAAAGGGUAAAACUGAUUUAAAUUUACCUGCAUUAAAGUCCCUGGCCACUAGGAGCACUGCUUCUGGGUGAGCAUUUUCUUCUUUUUUUAUGGCCUUAUAGAGUUGGUUGAGAGCUUUCUUAGUGGCAGCUUCACUUUGUGGUGGUAAAUAGACGGCUGCGAAUAAUAUAGAUGAGAACUCUCUUGGCAGAUAGUGUGGUCUACAGCUUAUCAUAAGGUACUCUACCUCAGGUGAGCAAUACCUCGAGACUUCUUUAAUAUUAGGCAUCGCGCACCAGCUGUUAUUGACAAAAAAGACACACAGACCCACCCCUCGUCUCACCAGAGGUAGCGUCUCUGUUCUGCAUGGAAAAUCCAGCCAGCUCUAUAUUGUCCGUUUCUUUGUUCAGCCACGUCUCUGUGUAACAUAAAAUGUUACAGUUUUUAAUGUCCCGUUGGUAGGAUAAUCUUAAUAGUAGGGCAUCAAUUUUAUUUUCUAAUGAUUGCACAUUAGCAAGGAGAAUGGACUGCAUUCGUGUCACACCCUGACCAUAGUUUGCUUUGUAUGUUCUAUGUUUUAUUUGGUCAGGGCGUGAUAUGAGUGGGCAUUCUAUGUUUCAUGUCUAGUUUGUCUAGUUCUAUGUUUGGCCUGAUAUGGUUCUCAGUCAGAGGCAGGUGUGAGUCAUUGUCUCUGAUUGGGAACCAUAUUUAGGUAGCCUGUUUGGUGUUGGGUUUUGUGGGUGAUUGUUCCUGUUCCUGUGUUAGUUUGCACCAGUUUAGGCUGUUUUGGUUUUCACGUUACGUUUAUUGUUUUUGUAUUGAUUCGUGUUUCCUUUGUUUCAUUAAACAUGAAUCUCAAUAGCCACGCCA